AUGUCGACCCAGACUUCCGUAUUCUUCCUUGGUGCUACCGGCUACAUCGGCGGCGCAGUCCUUCAGCUCCUACUGGAGGACUCUCGUUACGAAAUCACACUUCUCGUCCGCGACCAAGGCAAAGCGAAGAUCUUCGAGGAGAAGUUCAACGUACGCACUGUGAUCGGAACCUUGGAAGACGAGAAGCUCCUCGAAGAAGAAGCUGCCAAGGCGGACGUCGUCUUCAACAUCGCCGCUCUGUGGAUCAUACCGGGUAUCAAAGCCCUCUUAGCCGGAUCGAAGAUUAGAUUCGAAAAGACGGGCGAGAAGCCUAUCUUCAUCCAUACCUCAGGCGCUGCCGCCGUCGCGGGCGAGGACGCACAUGGCGAAGACAUUCCCGGCAAGACAUACGUUGACACAGACGUCGCAACGAUGACCAACCUCUCCUCGGAGCACAUCCACAACAUUGCGGACACGAUGGUUCGCCGAGCCGACGUCGAGGGAGGCUAUGUGCGCUCCUACAUUCUGUACCCGCCCAUGGUCUGGGGCGAGCAGCGCGGUAUACUCGCCGAAGCCGGCUUGGCCAACGUCCGCCCGCCAGCUAUGUCGCUGCCGAUUAAGUUCAGCAUUGCUCGCGGACAAGGUGGCGUCAUCGGUAAAGGCCUGAACAAGUGGUCGCACGUCGAAGUGCACGAGCAGGCCGACCUCUACAAACUCGUCCUCGAAUCCGCCCUUUCAAACCCUACAUUCCCAAGCGGUAACGAAGGCACCUACUUCCCCUCCUCCGGCACCUUCACAAUGCUCUCCGCCGCCAAAUCCUACACCAAAGCCCUCUUCGCCUCAGGCAAAAGCCGCAGCGCCGACCCCGAACCCUUCACGGACGAAGAACUGGCUCAGUGGGGCCCUGGAGGAAUCUUCGCUAGGUAUAUGGGGUCGAGUGUGGUUUGUGAAGGGGAGAGGGGACGGGCGUUGGGGUGGAAGCCUGUCCUUGGUACGAGCGCCUUUCUAGCGAGCCUAGGCGUCGAGGUUGAAGCUUCAUUGGCGGAACGUUAG